UUAAUUUUCUAUUAUAGAAUCUAUGCUUGUCGGGAAUGUGAUUGUGGGUUCUUCCCUUCGCUUCAAUACAAUUGCUGCAUUUGGGUUCUGAAACUUGGUACUUUAUAUCACGAAACUCAUAUGAGACUGAUUUAGUGCAAAAAAUAAUACAUGGAUAUCAGAAACUGAGGGAUUUUUCGAAUUCAAAACAUUUUAUUUAAUCACUGAUGUGCAUUUGGUUGCCCAAUCUGAUUUUCGUCGUUGUUUCUUGCUUCUCAUACUUGUUUCCGAAGGGGUAAACAGAAAUCUAGUACCCAGUGUGUUAUGUUCUUCUUCAAACUAUCAAAGUCCUUUAAUCCAUAUUCCCCUUGUUGACAGUCUUUCCUCUGUGUUCCCUCUUUUUUUGUUUUUUGGGCUUCUUCCUUGGGUAGUGAUAGUUUUUUGAGCCUAUUGGUUCUUAUCAUAAGAAUAAGAAUUGGGAUUUUCAUUUUUCCUUUUGCUUUGUUUCUGGAAUCUGUACUCUGUCUGUGGUGCAAUAGAUGUCUUAGACUAGAAGCAAUGCUGGCUUAAUCAAAGGCGUCAACUGCAUAUAAAAAUAAAUUCCCGUUAUGGGCCUCCAUCAGUUUUGUGGCUCUGUCCAUCUCUUCAUGAUGAGAUUGCUUCAGUUGUUAUUUUUCUGUUUGUUGAUGACCAUGGAAGUUCGGAGUGGGAGUCGAAAAUUAGGCACUUCUUCACGGCCACGCGUUGUAAAUGUGGGAGCUCUGUUCACUUUCAAUUCAACCAUUGGAAAGGUAGCAAUGCCGGCAAUUUCAGCUGCUGUUGAUGAUAUUAAUUCCGAUUCGAGCAUUCUUGCAGGGACAACACUGAAUAUCAUUAUGCAGGACACAAAUUGCAGUGGAUUUCUUGGAACCAUAGAAGCUUUGCAGCUGAUGGAGAAAGAUGUGGUUGCAGUAAUUGGUCCCCAAUCCUCAGGAAUAGCUCAUGUCAUCUCUCAUGUUGUUAAUGAACUCCAAGUUCCACUUCUUUCGUUUGCAGCCACAGAUCCCACUCUUGCUGCACUACAGUACCCCUACUUCCUCCGUACCACACAGAGUGACUAUUUCCAGAUGUAUGCAAUAGCAGAUUUGGUUGAAUAUUAUGGAUGGAGAGAGGUCAUUGCCAUAUAUGUGGAUGAUGAUAAUGGAAGAGGUGGGAUAUCUGUGUUGGGUGAUGCUCUAGCAAAGAAACUUUCCAAGAUAUCCUACAAAGCUGCCUUUCCUCCAGGGGCCUCCAGAGGCACAAUUAAUGAUCUAUUAGUUGGAGUAAAUCUGAUGGAAUCUCGUGUUUAUAUUGUACAUGUGAAUCCGGAUUCUGGUCUAACAGUUUUCUCUGUUGCAAAGUCUCUCGGGAUGAUGAAUGGCGGCUAUGUGUGGAUUGCAACAGAUUGGCUUCCUUCUGUUUUGGAUUCUUCAGAACCAGUGGACCCUGACACGAUGGAUCCCUUGCAAGGGGUUCUUGCCUUCCGUCAUCAUACACCAGAUUCUGGUAUCAGAAAGAAUUUUAUAUCUCGGUGGAGUGAUUUACGACGCAAAGGGAAUGCUACCUCAAGCUUGAAUUCUUAUGGACUCUACGCUUAUGAUUCCACUUGGUUAGUUGCUCGUGCUAUUGAUGAGUUUCUCAAUGAGGGAGGGAAUAUUUCUUUUUCUAAUGAUCCACGCUUGCAUGAUGCAAAUGGAAGCUCACUGCACUUAUCGGGACUCCGUUUGUUUGAAGGCGGUCAGCAGUUACUUCAGAAGCUGAUCAUGAUGAACUUCACAGGUUUAAUUGGCCAGGUUCAAUUUGAUUCAGAAAAGAAUUUGAUCCAACCAGCAUAUGAUAUUAUUAACAUUGGUGGCACUGGGUCCCGCCGGGUUGGAUAUUGGUCAAAUUAUUCACAUCUCUCAGUUGUUGCUCCAGAGAUCUUAUAUAAGAAGCCCCCAAACACUUCUACCAGUAGCCAACAGCUUUACAGCAUAAUUUGGCCUGGAGAAACUACGACAACGCCACGUGGGUGGGUGUUUCCCAACAAUGGGCAACCUUUGAGGAUUGGGGUUCCUUACCGAGUAACAUACAAGCAAUUUUUGGCAAAGGAUAAUGGCCCCAGUGGAGUGAGGGGUUUCUGUAUUGAUGUCUUUGAAGCUGCUGUGGGUUUGUUGCACUAUCCUGUUCAACAAACAUACAUAUUAUAUGGGAAUGGUUCUAGGAACCCUAGUUACGAUGAGCUUGUGCAUAUGAUCAUAGAAAAUAAAUUUGAUGCAGUUGUUGGAGAUAUAACCAUUACAACAAAUAGGACAAGAAUUUUGGAUUUCACUCAGCCCUACGUUGAAUCCGGCCUUAUUGUUGUUACUCCUGUAAAAGUGAUAAAGUCCACUGCUUGGGCUUUCCUAAAGCCAUUUACAUUUCAAAUGUGGUGUGUCACUGGUGCUUUCUUUCUGUUUGUGGGAGCAGUUGUUUGGAUUCUUGAACAUCGAAUAAAUGCUGAAUUCCGUGGCCCCCCAAGGCAGCAGCUUGUAACAGUUUUUUGGUUCAGUUUCUCUACAAUGUUUUUUUCCCACCGAGAAAACACUCUUAGCACUCUUGGACGUUUUGUACUGCUCAUAUGGCUCUUUGUAGUACUUAUUAUCAAUUCAAGCUACACAGCUAGCUUGACAUCCAUUCUCACAGUGCAGCAGUUGUCAUCGCGGAUUGAAGGGAUUGACAGCUUGAUCUCUAGCUCUGACCCUAUUGGCAUUCAAGAUGGGUCGUUUGCAAGGAACUAUUUGAUUGAUGAGCUUAACAUUGCCGAAUCCAGAAUCAAGAGCCUAAAAUCUGAGGAAAGUUAUUUAGACGCUCUUCAGCGUGGCCCCAAAAAUGGUGGGGUUGCUGCUAUUGUUGAUGAACUUCCUUAUGUUGAUGUCUUCCUAUCUGACAACAACUGCAAAUUUCAGGCUGUGGGGCAAGAGUUUACAAAAAGUGGUUGGGGUUUUGCAUUCCCAAGGGAUUCUCCUCUUGCAGUGGACUUGUCAACAGCAAUCCUUAAACUCUCAGAGAAUGGUGACCUCCAAAGGAUCCAUGAUAAAUGGUUGUCCCAUAACCUCUGCUCCGCACAAAGCAGCCAAGUUGAUUCAAGCCGGCUCUCUCUCAAGAGUUUCUGGGGCCUCUUCAUGAUUUGUGGCAUUGCAUGCUUCAUUGCUCUUCUUGUGUUUUGUACACGUCUCUUUUGUCAGUAUCGGAAGUAUGGUCCAAAUGAUGAGGUAGGGGAGGAUGAUGAAAUUGAACGAGACAGAUCCAAUACGAGUUCUCGGCGCUCUCUCCGCUCAACUAGCUUCAAGAACAUAAUGGAGUUUGUUGAUAAGAAAGAAGAGGAGAUCCGGAAGAAGAAGAAAGCCAGUUUUAGCAAACAACAACAUUCUAGUCGAAGCUCAGAUGGACAGCCAAGUUCACCUUCUUGAGCAUAUGUUCUUUAUGUACCAACACAUCCUUCGUUUCAUAAUAACAUGUCUGGAGGGG